GGCAAGGUCACGUGUUUCCUCCCUACGGAUAGCGUUAUGGUACAUUCCAAAGAUGGCGGCGCCCUUGUGUAGUGCAGUGAGCCGGGUGCAGGUUUUGCUGAGAGGACUAGAAGGCGCGGCCCCCCGACAUUCUCUGCUCCGCUGUAUUCAGACCAGCGCUGUCUGCUUAAAGAACCGUGCAGCACGAGUACGUGUGGGUAAAGGAGACAAGCCAGUGACCUAUGAAGAGGCUCAUCCCCCCCAUCACAUCGCCCAUAGGAAAGGCUGGCUCUCUCAACACACAAGUAACCUAGAUGGUGAAGAAGGUGCCGCAGAACGCACCAUAGAGGACGUCUAUAUCCGCAGAUUUAUGUAUGGCACGUUCCACGGCUGCCUGGCCAACGAAGUUGUGAUCAAGCGGCGCGCCAAUCUCAUUGUGAUAUGCGCCAUACUGGUCCGCAAGCUGCCUGCGCAGAAGUACUACUUUCUGACUGGCUACACUGAAGAAUUGCUGUCCUACCUGUACAAAUGUCCUGUGAAGCUGGAAUUACAGACAGUGGAGGAGAAAGUCAUUUAUAAGUAUCUGUGAGGUCUACCUUGUAUGUAUAGCAGUGUUCCCCAACCUGGGUGCCUCCAGCUGUUGCAAAACUACAACUCCCAGCAUGCCCGGACAGCCGAAGGCUGUCCGGGCAUGCUGGAAGUUGUAGUUUUGCAACAGCAGGUGGCACCCUGGUUGGAAACCACUGGCCUAUAGGAAUGAACCACAGAUGCUGUUCGUUGUGGAAAUGGACUGCUCUCUAUUGUGUUCUGAUCUUCACACGUUGUCACCCUGGGGUUUUGUAUGAUAGUAAAAUAGAAUUGUAUUUAAACUAUAUAUAUAUAGUUGAGUGGCUAUGUGGUGUCUGGGGUGUUGCAAUGAUAUUACAGGGUCUGGUGGUAUUAACCUUUACUUGUCGUGACGCCAGGGUGAGGUUUGCUUAGUAUUAGAGGUCCUGCCGCCAACCGGCCCACAUACGGCAGGGAUAAUAACCGGAAUGUCCACAGCAGGAUUUAUGAGAUAACUGGAAACUUUUGCUUGAACUUUUAGGCAACAGUCUUUACAAUGAAACAGUUUCUCCUGAGGUAACCGGAAUGCAGGUUCCUCACAGGCUUUGCUGGGACUGGUAGUAAUGAGCUUUAUGCAGGCCACUGUGCUACUAGUUAAGGGAUUCGAGAGGAAUAGUAGUCACACAGGAUUUGUAGGUUGAGCUUUAUAACUCACGGUUUUAGUAGCUGCUAAUCCUUUAGGCUUUGGCCUAGAUGCGAUGAAUUUAGAUGUGCUCGGCUGAAAUCCAGGAGAUAAGAGAGAGAAUUUAGUGACUACAGUCCUUUAUAUAAUAAGGGGCUAGACUAAGCUCAUUGGCCAGCAAACCUGUAAGUCCUGAAUCCAGUGAACUCUGGGUACAUCACAUGACCCAGGAAAGUCCUUACACAUAUGUACAUUCACAACUGUAGAUCACAUGACCUGGGAAGGUCCUAUACAUUUACUUCUCCUAUACAUUAAAUAAUGUAAGCUAGAUAUAGAAAAAGAAGAGAGCAGAGCUUCCUCUGAGUGUAGUGUGUUUUAUAACAUCAGGUAUAGGUCAAUGUGGAUAUAUUCCACUAUAGGUGUCCGCUCACCUUGUGGGGUUGUGUGCCAGACACAACCACCAUGAAGUGCUUGUCAGUGUUUUUACGGAGCUGCCUCCCGGGAAUCAGAGCGGGGUGUCCCUCUCUGAUCUGGAACAUCGAGUAGAAACAGGAGAAAAAGCCGGGAUCUGU